AUACGAAGGCUGCAUCUCAGUACAUAAAAUAUGACAUAAAAGUCAUUAAGUCUUUAAAGUGAAAUAGUAUACACACGGAGCAAAAGACUUCAACCGUUUCUUUUUUAUGACUCACAGAAAAUGAAAAUUCAAUAUUCAGUUUCUUGGGAAAUUUAACAAUUAUGUAAAACCAAAGAUGAACUAUGAUAUAGCUUACAUAAUCCCAUAGAAGACUACUGACUUCUUAGUUGUCAAGUAGUUACUGAUCCUCAAUAUGGAGAGUUCCUCACAGAAAUUUACAAACAUAUUAGUUGUUAGAUUAGAUUUUUUUAUUGACAUUGCAAAAAAAAAAAAAAAAAGAAAAAAACACAAUUGAGCACACUCAAGAACAAGCAAUAAAUGAUCAAAUAGAUUACAAACAAAACCAUAAGCAAAUCCUCUCAAAAGAAGUUUUAAGUUAUUGAGAUGUUGUGUUUCAUGGGUGUUAUGUUAAAGUUCAGUGUGGUAAUGAUGACUUUGGGAAAGAAACACAAAACUAAUUCCGACCCUCGAUUCAAACCCUACUUCGUUCCUUCCUUCCAACCCUAAUCCAAACCUAAUUUUUUCCAUUCUUUCUUGCUUUCUUGCUGCACUUAUCAUUAUUGAGAUUGACAGAAUAUAGAAUGGCCAUACAUAAUAGCUCUUCUAGUUCACAUAUGUCUUGCUAGAGUUAUGUAUUGGUCAGUGAGGUGCUAUGUAUUGUCCCUGGCACUCAAUCACUUUGACAUAGGCAAAACAUAUGAAAAUGGGUCAAUGGAAGGCCCUUCCAUUUCUUGUGUGCGCUUUCUCCUGUGGCAGAAUUGAGAAUUACAACACAUACUGUAGAGAGUGGGAGAGUUUCAUCCCGCAGCUGGACAGUAAUUAAAUAGAACAGCUUCAAGCAGUGCUGUAUAAGAACUCCCUCUUGUGGCGGAAUACAGAAUGACCACACAUAACAGCUCCUUGGUGAUGUUUUAGUUCUAGAGCUAAGUUUAUAAUUUUAACGUUCACAUGUUUUUUUUUUCCCAUACUGCAUUGAGUAUGUUACGUUAACAUGCUAACAAUAGGCUACAUGCUGUUUUAGCUGCCUUUAGCUCUGCAGGUAAUUUUAGCAUUUACAUGAGUUAUUUCACACUGUUGCAGUAGGUCAACAUGCUAGUGCUAGCAACGCUCCUUCUCCUGCCAAGUCUGGUUUGACAAAUAGAAACAUCUCACAAAAAAUCGUGAAUAUUUUCUUAAAAAACAGUCAAAUUUGUAUUAAGUGCUGGAUUAUGAGUUGUUGGACUGAAUACUCGCGAAGGUGCAUGAAAUUGUAAAACAUGAGGUAUUUGGUGCAUGUUCUCUUGUUAGACCAGUUUCCAUGGAAACGUAAACAAAACGAACCGUGAUUUGGGUCGGCUUCCCUACCUUUUACCCGAAGUUAACGGAGAUAAAUCUCUACCGUGCCGUCGUCAGCAUGGAUCCCUCGAAAAGCCGCUCAGAGUAUGACGAGAGUCGCAAAAAUCCCGUAAGUCUGGCCGAACAGUGGAAAGACCUGUGUGUAAAAGAGAGGAGCAUAGCACUGGGAUGGGAUGAGACCUGGGGCGCUGUCCUGGGUUGUGGCACACAGGAUGCCCCAAUGGAGGAGAAGUCUUUACCGAAAAACCUUUCGGUCUAUUCCGAGUUCGUCCCCAACACCGCCAAUCAAGUGUAUGGCAGCAGACAGAUCAUGCCUCACGGGAAGGAGAUGAUCAGACAGGACGGGUUGCCACUCUUUCACGGAAGCUACAGAGGAAAGAAAAAGGCUGCGGAGAAGGAACCAUCAUAAAAGCAUAAAUAAGGCGUCAGUGAUUACUCCGUGUCCUUUGUCAAAAAAAAAAAAAAGGAGGCAAGCCUGUCAUAUAUUUCUAUACCUCUUGAGAUGAACUUGCAAAUGCACUGAAAGAAAAA